AUGGAGGUCGACGAGCAGCAGCUGUUGAGUUUUCAACGCUACCUUUUGCACUCCAAAAAAGUGCUGUGUAUAGUAGGAGCUGGGAUGUCUGCUAGCUCAGGCAUUCCUACCUACCAGUGGCAGCGAGGCUCGUGGCAUGGGUAUACUUCUCUGGAUCUUGCGACUCCGGAAGCUUUCCAAAACAAUCCGGGACUUGUGUGGCUUUUUUACUCCACCAGAAGGCUCGAAGCGCUGCGCGCCAGACCCAACGACGCACACUUCGCGCUAGCUGAACUGUGCCGUCGUUUCUCAAGUGGCAUUGUACGUGAAAGCGAUUCUAAGAACAACAGCGACAUUCAACUCGGUUUAACUAAUAGAAAAGUGCUGGUGGUAUCUCAAAACGUGGAUGGGCUUCACCAAAGGGCCGGUCAUCCUUCGGAAUCGCUUGUGGAGCUACAUGGCAGUGUAUUUGGCCUCAAGUGCACGCAAUUCUUCUGCAACUAUAGCUCUCGCAACGAUAAGGAUAAGUUCUUAACACCAGCGCUCUAUCAGAACACACCUUCUGAUACACAAACGACCACGAAGAAAAGAAGACGAGAUUCAGUUGCAGAAGCUUCUGCAAUCAAGAAACCACGUUUGGAAAAUAAAGACCAUAAUGGCGUUCAUCCCGAAACUUUGAUGCACUCUGAGCCUAAAAGUUCGGAUAUUGAGACCCCAUUUCCGACCCUCGAUGUCAGCGAAUUGCCCACAUGCCCUAAAUGUCAUGAAGGUUUACUGCGACCAGCGGUAGUAUGGUAUGGUGAGUCCUUGCCACUAAAACAAAUGGACGAAGUGGACCGAUUUUUCAAUUCAGGAGAUCCAGUGGAUCUUGUGCUUGUGAUCGGCUCAUCGGGCAAGGUUUGGCCCGCUAUGGGAUACGUCGAGCGUGCCAAAAAGUCCAGAAGCAAGGUUGCCAUAUUCAACAGUACAAUCGAAGAUCUUGAGCAGGUACGAAAGGAUAAAAACGUGUGGGGUUUUCAAGGCGACGCGGCUGAGAUUCUGCCAAAAGCUCUAAGGCCCCUUAUAGGCGAACAAUACAAACCGCGGGGCGGCAGAGUACGACGAAAAUACUAA